AGCACCAUGCCCAUCACACAGGACAAUGCCGUGCUGCACCUGCCCCUCCUGUGCCAGUGGCUGCAGAGGAGCCUGCGGGAGGGCGGGGCCGGGCCAGAGCAGCGCCUGUGCCAGGCUGCCAUCCAGAAGCUGCAGGAGUACAUCCAGCUCAACUUCGCGGUGGACGAGAGCGUGGUGCCGGCCGACCUCAGGCUCCCCGAGAUGGAGAUCUGCACGGUGUACCUCACCAAGGAGCUAGGGGACGCGGAGACAGUGGGCCUCAGCUUCGGCAACAUCCCCGUCUUCGGGGACUACGGUGAAAAGCGCCGAGGGGGCAAGAAGCGGAAAACCCACCAGGGCCCCGUGCUGGAUGUGGGCUGCAUCUGGGUGACAGAGCUGAGGAAGAACAGCCCCGCGGGCAAGAGCGGGAAGGUCCGGCUGCGGGACGAGAUCCUCUCCCUGAACGGGCAGCUGAUGGUCGGAGUGGAUGUCAGCGGGGCCAGUUACCUGGCUGAGCAGUGUUGGAAUGGCGGAUUCAUCUACCUGAUCAUGCUGCGUCGCUUCAAGCACAAAGUCCAUUCUCCUUACAAUGGCAACAGCAGCAACAGCUCUGAACCAGGAGAGAGCCCUACCUUGGAUCUCGGUGACCAAACUCCAAAAAAGGGCAAGAGAACGAGGAAGUUUGGGGUCAUUUCCAGGCCUUCCACCCCCAAGGCCACUGAUGCCCCAAAGGACAGCUCUGGCUGUGAGGUGGACAAUGACCCAAGCUCUGAGCUGGACAAUGGCCCAGGCCCCGAACUUGGAAAUGGCCACAUCUCUGAGUUAGAGAAUGGCACUGAUCCUCUCAAGGAGGUGGCUGGAUCCCAUCUAGAGAGGUCAGAAAUGGACAGAGGGACAGAAAACAGAAUUUCAAAGACGGAGGCCCCUCUACCCACAAAUCAUGACAAGCAUCGCCUCUCUAAGGCCGGCAAGACAGACUUCCAGUCGAGUGACUGCCUCGCACGGGAGGAAGUUGGCCGCAUAUGGAAGAUGGAGCUGCUCAAAGAGUCGGAUGGGCUGGGAAUUCAGGUUAGUGGAGGCCGAGGAUCAAAGCGCUCACCUCACGCUAUCGUUGUCACCCAAGUGAAGGAAGGAGGUCCCGCUCACAGGGAUGGCAGGCUGUCCUUAGGAGAUGAGCUCCUGGUCAUCAAUGGUCACCUACUGGUCGGGCUCUCCCAUGAGGAAGCUGUGGCCAUUCUCCGCUCAGCCACUGGAGUGGUUCAGUUGGUGGUGGCCAGCAAGGAGAACUCUGCAGAGGACCUCCUCAGGUUAACAUCCAAGAGUUUGCCUGACCUGACCAGCUCAGUGGAGGACGUGUCCUCUUGGACGGACAAUGACGACCAGGAGCCAGAUGGAGAGGAGGACGUAGGGGCCAGCUCAUCGCACAUCCAGGGAACAGUGCCUAGGACAGAUGAGUCCCAAGAUCCGUGCGGCACCGAGGAGCCCAAGGGGAACUUGGAAAGCCCCAAGCAGGGCAGCAGUAAAAUGAAGCUCAAGAGUCGGCUUUCAGGAGGAGUGCAUCGUCUCGAAUCUGUUGAAGAAUAUAAUGAGCUGAUGGUGAGAAAUGGAGACCCCAGGAUGAGGAUGUUAGAGGUCUCCCGCGAUGGCCGGAAGCACUCUCUGCCCCAGCUGCUGGAGUCCUCUGGAGCUGCCCAGGAAUACCACAUCAUGAAGAAGUCCACCCGCUCGCUGAGCACCACACAGGUGGAAUCCCCUUGGAGGUUCAUCCGCCCGUCCGUUAUCUCCAUCAUCGGGCUGUACAAAGAGAAAGGCAAGGGCCUGGGCUUCAGCAUUGCCGGAGGUCGAGACUGCAUUCGAGGGCAGAUGGGGAUUUUUGUCAAAACCAUUUUCCCAAAUGGCUCAGCGGCAGAGGAUGGAAGACUUAAAGAAGGGGAUGAAAUCCUAGAUGUAAAUGGAAUACCGAUAAAAGGCUUGACAUUUCAAGAAGCCAUACAUACCUUUAAGCAAAUCCGAAGUGGAUUGUUCGUAUUAACUGUCCGCACAAAGUUAUUGAGCCCAAGCCUCACGCCCUGCUCGACGCCCACACACAUGAGCCGAUCCAGCUCCCCAAACUUCAAUGCCAGUGGGGGAACCUUGGCAGCAGGCUCUGAAGAAAGUAGUUCUUCGUCCUUGGGCCGGAAGACGCCUGGGCCCAAGGACAGGAUUGUCAUGGAAGUAACCCUCAACAAAGAGCCAAGGGUUGGACUCGGCAUCGGUGCCUGCUGCCUGGCUCUAGAGAACAGUCCUCCAGGAAUCUACAUUCACAGCCUUGCCCCGGGAUCCGUAGCCAAGAUGGAGAGCAACCUGAGCCGCGGAGAUCAAAUCCUGGAAGUGAACUCAGUCAACGUUCGCCAUGCUGCUUUGAGCAAAGUCCACGCCAUCUUGAGCAAAUGCCCCCCGGGGCCCGUGCGCCUUGUCAUCGGCCGUCACCCGAAUCCAAAGGUUUCCGAGCAGGAAAUGGAUGAAGUGAUAGCACGCAGCACUUACCAGGAAAACAAAGAGGCCAAUUCCUCUCCUGGCUCAGGCACUCCAUUGAAGAGUCCUUCUCUCGCCAAAAAGGACUCCCUUCUCUCGGAAUCCGAACUCUCCCAGUACUUCACCCACGACGUCCCAGGGCCCUUGUCAGACUUCAUGGUGGCCUGCUCUGAGGAUGAGGAUCACCCCGGGGGUGGCUGUAGCACAUCGGAGGAUGGCAGCCUGCCCCCCAGCACCCCUACUCACAAGGAACCCGGAAAAGCCAGAGCCAACAGCCUGGUGUGUCUUGGAAGCCAGCGGGCCUUUGGGCUCGUCCAUAAGCAGGUGGCCAUUGCCAGACAAACGAGUCUCCCUGGAAGCCCACAGGGCCCCCGAAACCCUCUCUUCCGUCAGAGAAGGGUGGGCUGCUAUGAUGGCAAUGAUGCCAGUGACGAGGAAGACUUCGAUGGGGAAGGAGACUGUGUUUCCCUUCCAGGCACCCUCCUGGGUCCCAGCAGGCCUCAGGCGGAGGAUGGCUCUGGGAAGGUCAUCACAACCUUGUGCAAGGUCACGGAUAUCAACAGUCAGCAGGCGCCACCUCAGAAAACAGUGGUCAGCAAGACCGUCUCGGCUCCUUUCCUUGGCAGCUCUCUGGACGCGGAGGAGAAGGUUCCAAGGACUAUGGUGUCCUCUCUUUCCCAGACAGCCAACCUGCUGGACUCCACAGAGGCCUCCAUGGGCAGCCCUGGCUGCUCGGGGAAGAAGGAGUCGUCAGAACGGAGGAGUUCACUCAGAUUGGAAUGCAGAGCCAGCACAGGCACCCCGAGUCCAAAGAGCACAGCGUGCUCCAGUUCCUCCCCACAGAAUGAUCUCCUGGGGUCCAGGCACAAGCCGGUGGCCAGGAUCAGCCCACACUGCAAGAGGCCCACAGCAGAGGCCGGGCCCUGCAACCCGGGGACAGCAGACCUGAUGGACACAGCCCACGGAUCAUGUGGUCCAGACGUGACAAUCCAAGCUGCUUCUUUAAAAGUGACCAUCGGUGGUUUCCAGCCAGCUGGGACAGCGGAGACGGAAUCUCCGGGAAAGCCGACCAGCGAGGAUGGCUGCGUCCCUGCAGACAGUAAACCAGCCAGCACUCUGUCCCACCGUACAGAAAGCCAGUCCAAAGCUUUACCAGUGGGAGCACAGCCCCCUGUGAAGGGCCUGGGCAGCUCACAGGACCUCAUCCUGUCCCCCGGAAGAAAGGCAGCUUCCUCUGACUCCAGCAAGGCCCCCACAGACAUAGGCGAGGCCAGUCGGCCCAGGGACCACAGGAAGCCAGUGUCACCCCAGCCCCCUGAGUCUGAGGACCGGCCUCAGGUCAGACUCACCCGUGACCUCGGCCUAUCCCCAGGAUCUAGGAAGACGCCGGCUCCUCCUGACUUCAGCCAGACUCAAGCCACCUUCCCCGAGGACACCAAGAAGGCGGCCACCCUCAAGGGAGCGGGACCUGAGGCAGAGAGAUUAUCUCAAGCUAGUGCUGCCCUGUCACCAGACCAGGUCACCUCCCAAGACAGACAGAGCAACCACGGCAGGGCUUUGGAGACAACAGAAACCCGCAUUCCAGAACAUUCUGGGGCAUCUGUAUCCACGAGGCCACAGGCCCAAGCCUCCCUGGCAUCAUCCACAGACAAGACCAUGGUGGGGUGCGGCCGUGGCUCUGGGCACUGCUGCCCGGGAGCGAACAGGAACAGCCCUGUGACUGACAUCGACACACUCAUCACGGAGCUGGACGGUCCUGAAGGAGGACGCCUGUCCUGUCAGACAGGUGACAGUGCCAGUCAUGAUGGCAGGGCUCAAGGUGGCCCUCCUGCCAAGGCCGAAAAUGGAGGCAUCUCCCAAGACAAGGCCACCUUGGGGAAAGGGACCCCGUCCCCAAGGAGGGCCCGAGCCACUGGGCCACCCCCACACCCCCAGUGGGCCUCCCAGCCUUCACUCUUGGAUUCCAUCCACCCCGACAAACACUUCACUGUGAACAAGAACUUCCUGAACAACUACUCGAGAAAUCUGAGCAGUUUCCAUGAGGACAGCCUGUCCCUCUCGGGCCCGGGCGACAGCACAGAGCCGUCCCUCUCAUCCAUGUAUGGUGACGCGGAGGACUCGUCCUCAGACCCCGAGUCCCUCACAGAAGCCCCUCGAACUUCCACCAGGGACCGCUGGUCACCUCCUCCUCCCAGGGCAGCCCACCAGGGAGAUGCCACAGAGUCUGAGGAGGAGCAAGUUGAAAUCUGCUCCGCCCAUGGCUAUCCCCGUCCCCUGUCGGCCACUUCUCAGAAGGCACCCUGCCCUGCGUUGGCCAGAGUCCUGCCAUUAAAGCCCCGUGCACUGGUGGCAUCGGUGGGAGACGCCUGUGACACAGCGACCUUCGUGCCAGCAACAUCAUGCUUCUCAGUGCCAGACUCUGACCAGCCAUUCUCUCUAUUAACUCUGAGCCCUCAGGAGCCCGCAGCUCGUGGGGACACAGGCCUUUCUCGGUGUCCAGAAGGAACAGUAGAAGUGGCCGGCACUGGCACAGCUGGGGCAAGCAGCCAGCCUUCUGAAGUCACCAGUCGUCAGGAUGUCCCGGUCACUCCCUGUUUGUCUCAUGUCAUGAACGGUGUGGCCUGUGACCUGCUGGACGAUGUGACCCUGAACGAAGGACAGGAAACAAAUGUCAAUGCCAGUGAAGAGCCUGCCCCGCUCGGCAUGGGGGUCCCCGAGAACAGAGACCCUGUCCUGGCAAACCUGCACAUCUCUGAAGGCCAGGACCCUGGGGACCUGCCCCUCAGGCCCAAAGCCACCUCCAGGAGGCCCAUCAUGGCCUGGUUUAAGGAAAUCAAUAAAACAUCCCCAGGCACUCCUCCGCAGAGCAGGACUGAAAAAGAGCCCUGCACAGUGACGCCCAGGGGCCCUGAUCCUAAAAUGCACAAAAAAGGGGCGUCUGUGGCCAGCAGCCCCCCUCAGCCGAAGGUGAGCCAGGAAAAUAAAGAGGUGCCCAAGAAGAGUUCCAUAGAAACGCUCCUGAGUGCCAGCCCGAAGGCCAGGCCCAGCCCGAAGCUCAAGAAGCUGAGUAUUAAGAGGGCAAGCAGGGUCGGGGCAGAAGCUGGGGGGACGGAGCCCCACAAAGGCCCGACCUCACCCCAGGGGGGCCAGAAAAUGCUCCCCAGGGGCGCUGCGCAUCACAGCCACACAGGUGACCAGGACGAGCCCAGCAAGGCCGUGGCCACCCCAAAGUGCACGCUAGACAAUAGACCACCACUGGUGGCAUCUGGGACACUGAAGGCCUCGGCGUCAGACAUGAGCAUCAGGACAGUCUCGCCCAUCACCUCCCCCAAGUGUCCCAAGGAGCCCCCAGGUGUAGGAAGUCAUCACUCGGAACCAGAUGGCAGUUGGCCCGCUGUCCCCAGGUCCCCCAGGGGUGUCACAGAGAGAAUGAACGAGAGCUCCAGGCCAUCACACAGCAGUGUGUCCCCUGGCCACCUCUCCACUGCGGGGAACAGGCCUGACACCCCGCCUGUUUCAGAAACAGCCCAUCCCUGGGGGCCUGGCGAGAAAGGACACAGAGCCAUCACCAGGGAGGCCCUCGAAGGGACAAAGCAGCUGAAAAUCAUCGAGGGUCCUGAGACCACACCUAAGGGGGCUUCUGGUGACAAGCCAGCUGCAAAUUACAGGCGGGCGAUGGUUUCAGCCCACAGCAAUGGUCACGAGAGGGGUGAGGUCCGGCUUCGUCCCUUGUCAGUGGACUGGUCUCCUCAAGACCCCCAGUCACCAUCAGCUCGGGCCUCACAGGUGGCCCCAGAGCUGUCCCGUUCCCUCAGUGCCACCAAGCUGGCUCCCUGCCCCUCCCCACAGCUGCCCCCCAGGACAGAAGCCUCCAUGCGGAAAGCAAGCCCCACACUGGAGCCCCAGGGGCUGCCCAAGAAUGUCACCACUUCAGGGACCGCUGUGGAUGACCACCCCUACUUCACACCUCGCCCGGCCACCAGGACCUACUCCAUGCCGGCCCAGUUCUCCAGCCACUUUGGACGGGAGGGCCUGUCCCUCCACACCCCUGGUAACCCCCAUCCUGAUAACUGGGACCCUGAGACAGGCAGUGGUAGCUUCCUGGAGACCAAGCCGUCCAAAGGCAGUGGCCUCAGUCUGGCCAACGGGCAGGGCGUGUACAGCAUGAAGCCCCUUCUGGAGACGGGCACUGACGGCGGGGACACCCUGCCUCUCCUCAGCGACAAAAUCAGGGUUACCAGGCGCCAUUACUACUACGAGCAGAGCUGGCCCCACGAAUCUACCUCAUUCUUCUCUGUCAAGCAGAGGAUCAAGUCCUUUGAGAACCUGGCCCACCCUGAGCGGCCGGCCACCAAGGCUGGCCCCCUGUCGUCCCCAUUGGUCAGUGCCAAGCCCCCCAUCGGACGACGAUCGUCCGGGAGCAUCCCCUCCGGGGCUCUCGGCCACCACGGGGAGGCCGCCCGCUCGCUGCGGCGGAGCCUGAGCUCCUGCAGCGAGAACCAGAGCGAAGCCAGCGUCCUGGUGGCCCCGAUGACCAAGUCCCCCUCCAGCGCGGUGCUGACUGGCAGCCGGCAGCCCCCCCGGGAGGCCGGUGACCGGGGCCAAGAUUCCAACAUGCAGAAAGCCCCGGGGUCCUCCGGGGUGCUCGCCCCCACAAUGCCAGCCGCCUCGCCCGUCAAGAGGCACAAGUCGUCCGUGCGCCACAGCCAGGCGUCUCCACUGUCGCGCUCCAAGCUGCAGGAGCUGCGCGCGCUGAGCAUGCCCGACCUGGACAAGCUGUGCGCGGGGGACGGCGCCAGGGAGCCCGCCGCCCUGCUCUUCAAAACCCAGCUGGAGAUCGUGCCCCGCAGGCCGCCCUGCGCCCCCGCUGCGGGCCCUGCCCCAGGAGAGGACCCCCAGGAGGACGCUGCCCAGGCUGGCCAGGACCUGGCCUCCGGGGAGAGCUGGGCAGUUAAUUUGGCUCAACUUCUCAUCUCGGUGGGUGACCAGCAAAAGUUGCAGUCUGUCCUGUCAUCGGUGGGGUCAAAAUCUACCGUCCUCAGUCUUGUUCAGGAAGCGAAGGCACAAUCAGAGAAUAAAGAAGACAUUUACUUCAUAGUCUUGAAUAAACAAGAAGGUUCCAGUCUGGGUUUCAGCGUGGCCGGAGGUGCUGACGCAGAGCCCAGGUCGAUCGUGGUCCACAGGGUGUUUUCUCAGGGGGCAGCUUCUCAGGAAGGGACCGUGAACCGAGGGGAUAUUCUCCUGGCAGUCAAUGGCACUUCGCUGACCAGCCUCGCCCACAGGGACGUCCUGAAGCUUCUCCACCAGGCACAGCUGCACAGAGAGGCCCUCAUUGUCAUCAAGAAGCCCAGAGCCGCCCCGCGACUGGAGUCUCCCACGGCCAAUGGCAAGGGCAUGCUGUCCAGAAGGAGCCUCACCUUGGAGCCUGGAACUGGGAGAAGCAUGGCUGCCCAGGACGCCCUGUGUGUAGAAGUGCUGAAGACCUCUGCCGGGCUGGGAUUGAGUCUGGAUGGCGGGAAGUCUUCCAUGUCUGGAGAUGGGCCUCUGUUCAUUAAAAGGGUGUACAAAGGAGGUGCAGCUGAACAAGCUGGGACGAUAGAAGCUGGUGACGAAAUUCUUGCCAUUAAUGGCAAACCCCUGGUGGGGCUCAUGCACUUCGACGCCUGGAAUAUCAUGAAGUCUGUCCCGGAGGGUCCUGUGCAGUUAGUAAUCAGAAAGCACAGAAACUCUUCCUGA